CUCGCUGAGGGAGGGCAGGUGCUGCCGCCGCCGGGUGUCCACUGUGGAACUCCUCUGCAAAUGGUUCUAAAAAUCCCGCUUCGGAGAUCUGUCAGCCUGAGCCCGGAACAUCAGCCACCUGUGUCCCCAGAAGACAUGACUGGACCCACUGCGCUGAAAAUGGAAGCAAAUAUCUUAGUCCUUGGUGCAGACGGGGUUGGAAAAUCAGCGCUGACUGUUCGAUUUCUAACCAGACGUUUCAUUGGAGAAUAUGGUGAACUUGAAUCCAUAUAUAGCCAUAAUGUUUUGGUGGAUGGAAAGGAAGUAGUCUUUAAUAUUUGGGAUUUUCCAUAUUCAAAGGAGCCUACAGAAGAAAGCUGUGCUGAGGAAGAGAAACGUAUUCAAUGGGCAGAUGGUUUUGUCCUUGUCUACAGCAUUUGUGACAGAACAAGUUUUAACAUUAUCUGCCAGACAAUCCAACUCAUCAAAGCUUCCAAAGACUGUUUAGGGCCGGAGAAACUACCCAUUGUCAUUGUGGGUAACAAACGUGAUCUUCAUCAUCUACGAACAGUGUCUAGUGAAGAAGGAAGGCUCUUGGCUCUUUCUAUGGACUGUGACUUCUAUGAGGUUUCAGCAGCAGAGGCCUAUCAUGGUGUCCUCAUGGUAUUUCAUGGAUUAGUAGACAAAAUUAAGGAAUCCAAACUGGUUACGAAGAAGGGGACGGGAAUACGAGGCAUUGUAAAGAGUAUGUCAGCAGUGUUUGCCAGGAGAAGAACGGACUCUCUGUAAUACCAGAGAUAUUUUGCUGACAGGGACACAGGACAUCUGGAGUGCUUGCGCCUACUUCAUUUCUGUCUUGACUGUGGAGCUUCUUACUGUGCAGUGUACAGGCUGUCUAGGAGGUCUUUCUCUGUACUGUUGCUCAUUGUUCUUUCACGUGUGGGUUAAUGGUUUACUUUACAGCUUCUGAAGUUGUCACUAACAUACAACAGUGGUAAGAAUGGAGAAGUCAGAAUAGCUUGAUGUGAAGUGGUGGAAAUAUCAGUCUGAGAUUUACCACAAAUUAGAAAGAUCAAAAGCGUCCUCGGCUUUCAUCUUCCUAUUAUCUCUUAUCAGGCCUGUUGGCUCUUGCUGCUGUCUGCACCGCCGUUUUGCUUUAAGUCAUGUAUCUUGGCUCCAUCAUGUCGAUCUACAUACACAGUGAAAGGUACAUGAAUAUGAGCAAUCGGAUCCUGCUUGUUAAAAUGAUUCCACACGUUUUACUAUUUGUGCCUUAUUUCUGAGCUCUGUUGUCACAGCAAUGUCCCUUGUGUGCACGGGGAGGAAUGCACUUUUUAUGAGGGUAAGGAAUGUGUGGAGCAGACAUACCAUGCUGUGACUGUACAGAAGCACCUCAUGGCUAAUUGCAGAAAUCACAAUAAACAGAUGUCUGUAUUCCUUGCUGUGAAUCCAGAAAGUGAACCUGUGAAUACAAAGCUGAGGGGCUCCAUGCUGAACCAGUUCAGCCACUUGGACAAGGCGUUUUGACAGGAGGAUCACUAGCCUAAUGUGUAUGGGCAACUAGUCUUUUCCCUCUGGUUCCUCUGUGCCUCGUUCUCCCUCCUCUGUGGAAAGUGGGCAAUCUGUGAAUGGAACCUACAUGUCCUCUAGGCUCCGUGUGUUCUACUGUUCACCGACAAUGUUGGCCACUCCUGUAAAAUAUACUCUGUACUGUCCAUGUUUACAGGAAGAGUGCAAAGUCGCAACCCAGCAGGGGUGAGGCGCUGUUUGUACAUUGGGGCGCGGUGCGCAUGCUGAGGACGGUGUGACCGUGCAGACACUCGCUCACCAGACAGAAUGAGGAGGAUGCUCGUCCUCAUGAGCAACCAGGUAGACAGGUUCCUAUCAUGGUUCGAGCAGUGCGCUUUUAUGGCAGUCGCUUGUAUUUGACAACUUCUUUUAUUUUCUGGAAAUCAGAUUUAUAGAACCAUUAUGUUAGGAUUAUUUGCGUGAUUGGAAUUGUCCUUGGGUUGCUGCUACACGAGGGGAAAGCAGAGAAAGCUGCUGCCAGACACCUGUCAGCGGCCUAUCUCCUGGAAGAACAUAAGGAUUGAGAACCUCAUCCAACCUCACAUAAUCUGUUGGGGAGAGUAGGGCACAUUGGCAUUUUGGGUAAACUUGCUAAUACAAAACUUGCUAAUAAAGAGGCCUUUAGGGUGUAGUAAGGAUAGGAUUAAAUUUGAUUAAAGGGCAUUUGUACCUAUGAAACUGGCAGACCUGUUGAUCCCAUGUUCAUAUGUGCCAGCAUUGCAGAGAAAAAUUAUAUUUUAAUAUAUGCAAACGAGCCUCUAGGAGCAACAGGGGCGUUGCCGUUACUCCUAGAAGCUCUUCUUUCUCUCAUACUGCUAUGCCCUCUGCACUUUGACAGGGCCUGGCAAUGAAAACAUCAUCAUGCUUGGCCCUGUCGAAGUGUAGAGGGUGCGACAAGUGCAGAGAGAGCAGAGCCUCUAGGAGUAAUGGCAAUGCCCCAAUUGCUGCUAGAGGCUCAUUGGCAUUAACAAACACAGAUGUCUUCAGCUGCCAAGUGCACAUGUAACAGAUCAGCCAGUUUCAUGGGUACAAAUCUGCUGACAGAGGGCUUUAAGGGAUAUAAUUUUGCUAUUGGAUUGUAUUGAAGUAUUCUAAAAGGAACCUUGUUUGCAUUAAUAGCCCAAUAGCUUUGGGGAUUUGAGUAGGAGGUGAGCAAGACGUAUUUUAUUCCUGUGACCAUAUUAAUCCAGGAGCAGUAGCCAAAGUGAGUAACUUAUGUCUGCAUUUGUACUGUUAUAAUAGUUAUAUUUCAUCCCCUGUAGUAGGUGCUGUCAUAACUAUGCCUAAAAGUCUGUGCAGUGUUGUAUAAUAUAAGUGCAGCUUUACCUAUAUGGUUUUCUGUCUAAUGGUGUCUGCCCCCGUCCAUUAAUGUGCACUGAUGCCCGUUAUGGUAAUAUUGUGUGGUGUGAAGAGAAGCAAAAAAUGUACCUGGUGCAAAUUAAACAAGCACAAAGAUCACAAAUCGUAAAUUGCUAUAAUCAAACCAAUGUACUGCAGCUUUAAGUGUAAUGUCCAUAGAGAUCCAUUAAUAACCUCUCUGGAACAAGUGACUUUGUCUUGUGUUGCGAUAUCUGACAAUCCGUCCUGUAAUAUACCCACUAGUUUCUAGAAGUGUAAUAUAUUGUAUGUACAUAUGUAAUCUGUAUAUUUGUAUAGAGCUGUGUCCUUUUAUUGUAUGUGUGGGCAGGUCACGAAAUGUAUAUGUACAUUGCAAAGUCAAAUAUAUAAAAUGCUGUGUAUAAUAGUCUAUAUACAAAUAAAAUAUUAAGACAUGUA